AUGGGCGACGACAUCAUGGACGACGACGAGGAUUAUGGAUUUGAAUACGAGGAUGACAGCGGAAGCGAACCCGAUGUUGAUCUCGAAAACCAGUACUACACUGCAAAAGGUCUGAAAAGCGAAGGGAAGAUCAACGAAGCCAUAGCGAAUUUUGAGAAGGUGCUUAAUCUAGAGCAGGAGAUGGGCGAGUGGGGAUUCAAGGCUUUGAAACAGAUGGUUAAAAUCACCUUCAACACCAAUCAAUUCGAAGCAAUGUUGGAAUACUAUCAGAAAUUGUUGAAAUACAUUAAAACAGCUGUGACGAAAAAUUAUUCGGAGAAGUCAAUAAAUGCCAUUUUGGACUACAUAUCUACUUCAAAACGAAUGGAUUUAUUACAAAAGUUCUAUGAAACAACACUGGACGCUCUGAAGGAUGCCAAAAAUGAACGGCUAUGGUUCAAAACGAAUACCAAACUUGGAAAGUUAUACUUUGACAUGCAUGAAUUUAACAAGUUGGAGAAGAUUUUGAAACAGCUGAAGAGUUCAUGUAAAACAGAGUUAGGCGAAGAAGACCAGAAAAAGGGAACACAGUUACUGGAAAUCUAUGCGUUAGAAAUCCAGAUGUAUACAGAACAAAAGAACAACAAGGCUUUAAAAAAGUUGUAUGAACAAGCACAACAGGCUAUUCAGUCUAAGUCUGCUAUCCCUCAUCCACUUAUUCUUGGUGUCAUUCGAGAAUGUGGUGGUAAAAUGCAUCUGCGAGAGGGACAGUUCGACCGUGCCCAUACGGAUUUCUUCGAAGCGUUCAAAAAUUAUGACGAGAGUGGAUCACCGCGGCGAAUUACUUGCUUGAAAUAUCUGGUGCUGGCGAACAUGCUUAUAAAAUCCGACAUAAAUCCGUUCGAUAGCCAAGAGGCCAAACCUUUCAAAAAUGAACAAGAAAUCGUCGCUAUGACGGCUAUGGUGUCUGCGUACCAAGAGAACGAUAUCGAUGAAUUCCAACGAAUACUGGAAGACAAUCGCGAGAGCAUCAUGCAGGACCCCUUCAUACGUGAACAUAUAGAGGAACUCUUGACUAAUAUUAGAACUCAGGUGUUACUGCGGUUGAUUAAACCGUAUACGAGAGUCAGGCUGCAGUAUCUCUCGCAGCAGUUGCGUGUUUCAGUCGCGGAAGUCAAACGGUUACUUGUGGAUACUAUACUAGAUGAAAAUCUUCCUGCACGUAUAGAUGAGAUUGACAACAUAUUGUAUGUGAAGCCUUGUGGCGAACAAAGGUUGGAUUCAUCACUGUCAAUUUCUGCCAUGAAUGGAUGGAUCGAUCAGAUCGACAAGGAGACAUUGGAGGCACUUGAGAAUCAAAUCUACAAUUUUGAAGGAUCGUAUUUGGAAGAGACGGCUGAAUAUGGAAACGUCAUAAAAGGAUGGGACCGUUAUGCGCUAGCUAUGCCGCCUUCAAAAUCAGGAGUGAAACUAGAGAAAAAGACGUUGUCUCGAAAAACUGAUCGAGAAGCAGAUAGGCUGUUCUCUUACUCGUCGGUAACGUCUCCAGCAGCAUUGAAACACGCCCAACAACCACCUCCUCCAAGUAUAACAUCAUCUGGAGCUCCGUUGACUCCUACUAUGAUGAGAAACGAUGUGAUCGAGGACGAAGCGGUUUACUGUAAUGGACGCGCUGUUGGCUAUUCUGUUAUGACGUCUUUCAAGCCACCGCCGGAAGAAGGAGACAGAUCAAGAAACACUCUCAUACAGUCGUGGGGCGAAUGGCUAACUCUUCCAGUGAGGUAUUGUGAUCUCAGUCGCGACGCAUUCAUACAUUUCUCGAUCUGGGAACUGACAUCUGGAACAGAAUCGCUGAGUUUGUUUCCACACGAGGAGAAGAGAGUCUCGACCGAGGGCGUACCGCAGCCAUUGCCAAAGCGACUCAUUGCGCAGUCAUCCUUACCAUUGUUUAGUAAGAGAGGAGUGCUCAAGUCAGGAACGCUAGAUGUUCAGGUUUACUGUAAUGGACGCGCUGUUGGCUAUUCUGUUAUGACGUCUUUCAAGCCACCGCCGGAAGAAGGAGACAGAUCAAGAAACACUCUCAUACAGUCGUGGGGCGAAUGGCUAACUCUUCCAGUGAGGUAUUGUGAUCUCAGUCGCGACGCAUUCAUACAUUUCUCGAUCUGGGAACUGACAUCUGGAACAGAAUCGCUGAGUUUGUUUCCACACGAGGAGAAGAGAGUCUCGACCGAGGGGGUUACCGCAGCCAUUGCCAAAGCGACUCAUUGCGCAGUCAUCCUUACCAUUGUUUAUGCCGUUGUACUAGUGAAGGUAGAGUGUUUUCAGAUGGAAUUGUCGGAAGAGUUGGACCCAUUCCAUCGAUGUGCGGAACAGUGGAAGUGCCCCGAUCCAAAUGAUAGCCAUUUAAGGGAACUUUUAAAACAGCGGAAAUUCGCUUCGACUCAACGCUACCUUUUCCUUGUGUUCAAAAUGGCGUCUAUCCAAUACGAUCGGCAGUAUUAUGAUGUGGUGUACUACGAGGAUCCAACUCCAGACCUGAGAAUCGUGACGUCGAUUGGUGGAGGCGGCGUGAGUGCGACAUUCCGGGUAUCCGAUCCUGAGCUGGGAUUGGAAAAUCUGGCGGAGACGAAACACAACGUGAUGACAAGAAAUGCUCGAGCGGGAGCUAUGGACAAGCAGUUGAAACCAAAUAAGCAAACAAAGGAUCGUCUUGAGACAAUCAUCCGGCUGCCAUCAUCUCAGUCCCUUACCCGAGAACAACGAGAUUUGGUGUGGAAGUUCCGCUAUUUCCUGCAAGCUGAUCGUCGAGCUUUGAAUAAGUUUCUCCGUUCGGUGAAUUGGGAUCAACCCGGUGAAGAACAACAUGCACUCGCCCUACUGAAUGACUGGACCCCGAUUGAAGCUGAAGAUGCUCUGGAACUUCUAUCCCCAGCGUUCACUCAUCCAAGCGUCAGGUGCUAUGCAGUGUCGAGGUUGUUCGACGCGGCUUCUCCUGACCAAGUAUUGCUAUACCUGCCGCAGUUGGUUCAGGCGCUCAAAUACGAACCGCUCCCUACAACUGAUGCUGCUAUUGUUGAACAGAUGGAAUCGUGUUCUAAUUCGCAGGCGACGGAAGCGACAGAGGUGGUUGUGCUCGAAGAGGACGAGAUUGCUGCGCGCACCACCGAUGAUCUAGCGUCAUUCCUAGUCAAAUAUGCAACUGGAUAUCCAAAGGUGGCAAAUUUUCUGUUUUGGCACUUGAAAGUUGAAGCGGAAGCAACUCGUAAAACCGAUGAGGCUUUAUCAUCGGUAUACGAACGGUUACUCAGUCGCUCUUAUGCAGACUUUGCAACGUGGUACACCGGAGAUGAAAAGGCAGGCGGAGAGUCUGAGGAUGCAGAGGCAAGGUCGUACGAAGAUCUAACAGAAAUUAACUUGAUUGCCCAACACGAAGGGCGCGGACAAAUAAAGCAUAGUCGUACUGUGAUCUACGUCAUAGCCUGCAUUGUGCACACAUUCGUUGAAAACAAUGCUCGACAGCUAGCCGGUGUGAUGCCAGACUCGGCUGUACUAUUCAAUAGUGCCAUGAUGCCUGUUAAAUUGACUUUCAAAACGAUAACUGGUACGGACACCAAUAAGGAGUACACUCUUAUUUUUAAGCAGGGUGAUGAUCUGCGGCAAGAUCAGCUGGUUAUACAAAUGUUUCGCCUCAUGGACAGCCUCUUCAAGAAGGAUCAACUCGACCUAAAAUUGACCCCUUAUGCAGUGCUGUCAACUGGUGUCAAUGAGGGAUUCGUGCAGUUUGUUAAGGCAAAACCGCUUCGAGAAAUCAUCAACACUUAUAAGCGAUAUAAUACAGAUAGCAUAAAGGUGGAAGAACGUCUGCGAUUGGAUCUGAGCGAUGAAGCAGCUUCGGUACAUAUUUUCGGAGUUAUCGAAACAAGCAUGAACUUCCUCAGUAUGAAUGUCGGAAUCGUGAUGGACGUGCUGCACGAUUUGAAGCAGAACCUUAGCUGGUAG